AUGAGUCUGCGAAACCCCAAUACGAGCCAUGUGCAAGGCAUGAUAAGAUCUCGAAAGUUACUGGGCCUGACUUUCCUGGUCGCCGUCGCAGUAUUCACCCUCGUUUGGCUGCGCGACCCUUAUUACAUCGAUGAAUCCGCCCAGAACAUCCUCUACGGUCAUCAUACGCACGAGGAGAAACUGCCUGUCCUUCCCGCGAGCUCCCUAUCACACCCCAUCCACAAGUUAGUUGCCGAGGCCGACGGUAACUUCCAGGCCGUCCUCUCGCGCCAGUCGCGGUCCCUAAAUGAUGCGGUCGCCGAGUACCGCAGGCGAUACAAACUGCCUCCACCCCCACAUUUUGACAAGUGGUACAAUUUCGCGAAGAAGAGAGGCGUCGAGCUGAUUGAUGAAUAUGAUACUAUCUACCAUCAGCUCCUCCCUUUUUGGGCUCUGGAACCGUCAGUCAUUCGUGAGAGGACCAGGGAGGCGAUCGGAUUCGACAAUGCGCUGAUUUCGGUCAUGAUUCGGAAUGGUGAGAUCACCAAGAUCGAUGGCGGUGGUGACAUGUAUCAGUGGCAUCGUGAGGCCACACCCAUCAUGUUGAAAGAUUUCAUCAAAUAUUUACCGGAUAUGGACCUGCCAUUUAACAUUCAUGAUGAGCCGAGAGUGGUGAUGCAACAUGACGACCUGCUGCAUCAUGUUCAAGUCGCUACAGAUCAGAACAUGCCCAAAGCAUAUGAAAACCAGAACCCGAAGAACAAAUGGUCUCCUCGGCCAGCCGAUUUGGGUGAGGGCAUACGAAUUAAGGAGUAUAGGACAACGAGGUUCAACCGCUUUGCACACCAACCGACCUGGAGUAAUUCGCGAUUGUCCUGUUCUCCUGACAGUCCGGCUCGAUCAUGUCUCAAUGAUUCCUGCCCCGAUAACGUGGCCGCAUAUUCUGAUCUCCCGUUGGGCUUCAUUCGCAACACGACAGCAUUUUCUGAUAUAUGUAACUCUCCAAGUAUGGAGAAGUCUUUUGGAUUUUUUGAUCGGCCAAACGCGUUUGACGUGACGCACGAACUGUUCCCAAUCUUCUCACAAUCCAAGAUCUCUAGCUUCCAAGAUAUUCUCUAUCCGUCACCUUGGUAUUACGUGGGUCGAGUCAAAUACGAGAAGGAGAAGGACAUGACAUGGGAAGAAAAAGUUCCCACCAUGUUCUGGCGAGGAAGUACUACUGGAGGAUUCUCUCGCGAUGGAGGGUGGAGGAGACAGCAUCGUCAACGAUUCCUCACCAAGAUCCAACCGUUGAGCAAGUCCAAGAUUCUGGAACUUGAUAACUCAACCGCCACGCCCGACAUGUGGCGCGAGAAGCAGAUCUCAACAGAGUCGAUGGCGCACUACUUCGACGUCAAAUUCACACACAUCGGCCAGUGCGACCCAGGCGAUUGCGAUGCCCAGCGCGCAUAUUUUGGCACCGUCGAGCCCGUCAAUAUGUUCGAUGCUUUCGCUUCACGCUAUCUGCUUGACAUCGAUGGCAACGCCUUUUCUGGCCGCUACUACGCCUGGCUACUGAGUAAAUCCAUCGUGUACAAGCUCGCCGUGUUCCGCGAGUGGCACGACGAGUGGAUCCGACCGUGGCUCCACUAUGUCCCGCUCGGCUUGGUCGGCGACGAAUAUGUCGAGUCGGUACGGUAUUUCGAUCAGGUCGAGUCCGGCAAGGUCGAGGCCAAGAAAAUCGCGCAGCAGAGCCGCGAAUGGGCGCAGAAGGCGCUGAGAAAUGAAGAUUUGGAGGUUUGGUAUUUUAGAUUGUUGCUUGAGUGA